GGUGAUUAGCUGGGUUUAGGAUGACGUACAGUAACUUUGUGUUUAAUCAUUUGGAUCCUUGGCUUUUGUCCUCCCUUUGCAGAUAGAGGGACACCACUAUUUGCGUCAGUACCUGAGGACACUGCUGUUUUAAUUAUUGAGAUGAAAAUCCAUUUUUAAGAUUGUAAAGAUAAUGUAUUACAUUGGUGUUUAUCUUUAGAAGAACAUGAGUUGGACUUAGUCUAUUAUGGGUGCGAAGAUCAUCAUGAAAGUAGCUAACAAGUUCUCGCUUUACUGGAAUGGAUUACACAUUGCGCCUUGAACGUACUUUCAACGUUCAACUUCUGUAAGCUACAUUGCACAGCUGUCUUUGGAGAUCACCAAACUCUGAAAGGACUUUUUUUUUGGACUUUAACUAGUUGAUCAUCAUGGCUCUAAUGAAGGUAAAGUUUGACCUGAAGAAACGGGUGAAGCUGGCCCAGAUGCUAUGGCUCAUGUACUGGUUUUCCAUUAUGGCCGGAGUGCUGGUCUUCAGCAUGGGCCUUUUCUUUAAAAUUGAACUGCGCAAGAGAAGCGAACUUAUGGACAACAAUGAGAGUCAUUUUGUACCCAACAUUCUAAUUGGUGUGGGUCUUUUGGCAUGUUUUCUCAAUGCCUGUGGGGGCAAAAUCUGCUACGACUCGCUCGACUCCACCAAGUUUGUGAAAUGGAAGUCCAUUUUGAAGCCCUUUCUCAUUUGUUGUUUGUUCUUCAACUUCCUCCUCAUUGUCACAGCGGUGAUGUGUUUUGUCAUGCGCAUUCCUCUAGAGUUUACACUUGCUGAGGGCCUGAAAAAUGGAAUGAAGUACUACAAGGACUCCGAUACUCCCGGACGCUGCUACAUGAAGAGAACUCUGGAUCUCAUGCAGAUAGAGUUUCGCUGCUGUGGCAACAACAACUACAAAGAUUGGUUCGAGAUCCAGUGGGUGAGCAACCGGUACCUGGACUUCAGCUCCAAGGAAGUCAAAGACCGGAUCAGAGGGAUGUGGAUGGAAAUUAGCCAUUCAUCUAACUCAUUUAUUUGA